AUGACUAGGAGGUCCAACAAGGACAACCUAGUUGAACAUCCAGAGAUAGACAAGCUUGAGAAGCAACUUAGGAAGCAGAAAGCCCAAGAGAUGGCCGACGAAGCAGCUCGCGCUCACGCCGCUGAAGUGGCGCGCGCUCAAGAAGAAGGAAGAGAUCCACCUCCUCCUCCUAAUCCACAAGACCCUGCUGGAGAUGUGAACGCACAACCCCAAGCUGGAGCACCUACAAUCGGAGACUAUGACUCUGCCGAUGCUUUCUUCAUGGAUAGAAACCCUAUCCAUCCACCACCACCUGCAAGGAAUGACUAUGAGAUCAAGCCUCAGAUCAUUGCAUUGGUUAGACAGAACCAAUUCAAUGGACUUCCAGCUGAGCACCCUCUUGAUCACAUAGAAAACUUUGAAGAAAUUUGCAGCACUACAAGAUCCAAUGGAGUCUCUGCUGACUACCUUAAGUGCAAGCUCUUUUCAUUCUCUCUUGGCGACAAAGCUUCAAGAUGGUUGAAGUCUCUGCCAGCUCACUCCAUCACCACUUGGGAUGAGUACAAGGCUGCAUUCAUCAACCACUUCUACACCAAACAGAGAUCAAUUUCUGAGUACAUUAGGGACUGCCCUAAUCAUGGUUUCAAUGAGGGAAACCUAUGGAACAUCUUCUAUCGUGGCAUUGACCACAAGUACAAGCUUUCAUUGGAUACAGCAAGCAAUGGAAACUUCAUGACCAAGACUGUUGAUGAAGCUAAGGUUCUUAUUGAGAAUCUUGCAGCUAGUGAUUGUAACAACUGUCCUGAUUAUGACCGCUCAAGCCGCACCACUACUAGCUCCCCUGAUUCUUUUCAAAUGACUGAACUCAAGAACAUGAUGGCUCAAGUUCUUAAGGGACAGCUCAAGCAUAUCAAUGCAAUAGAAGGGAUGAGUGAUGCUAAUGAAGAUUCAUCAAGAGAAUGCAUGGGAGAUUCUCUAAUGAAGCCAAUGAAGAAGAUGUGA